AUGUCGCAGCUGUCCGUCGUGCUCGCGACGGCGGGUUAUGACCACACGAUCCGAUUCUGGGAAGCCACGUCGGGACAAUGCUACCGCACGAUCCAGUACGCCGAAUCACAGGUGAACCGCAUGGAGAUCAUGCCGGACAAGAGGUUCCUGGCUGCUGCAGGCAAUCCGCACAUCCGCCUCUUCCAGAUCGACUCCAACCAGCCACAGCCGGUGAUGAGCUACGACGGGCACACCAACAACGUGACGGCGGUGGGCUUUCAGUGCGACGGUCGCUGGAUGUACUCCGGUUCAGAGGACGGCACUGUCAAGAUCUGGGACCUCAGGGCCCCACCGCUGUACCAGAGGGACUAUGAGAGCCGGGCAGCGGUGAACACGGUGGUGCUGCACCCCAACCAGACGGAGCUCAUCUCAGGAGACCAGAACGGCAACAUCCGCGUGUGGGACCUCACUGCCAACGCGUGCAGCUGUGAACUGGUACCAGAGGUGGACACGGCCAUAAGGUCCGUGGCAGUGAUGUGGGAUGGCAGCAUGGUCGUGGCAGCCAACAACAAGGGAACCUGCUUUGUCUGGCGCCUCACCUCCGGCUCGCAGACGGCAGCGAGCUUUGAGCCACUCCACAAGCUGCAGGCGCACAACAGCUACGUGCUCAAGUGCUUGCUCUCGCCCGAGUUCUCCGACCCCAACAGGUAUGUUCAGGCCUGCUCCCUGUCUGCCCCGACAGGCCAUGCCAGAUGGGUGUGGGACUGUGUGUUCUCCAUUGAUGGGGCCUACCUCGUCUCAGCGUCAUCAGACGGCACCUCUCGCCUGUGGGAGCUGGCGAGUGGCAACAGUGUGCGAGUGUACCAGGGCCCCAUGACGCUACAGCCGCCCUCCCCCUUUUGCCCCUUUGCACGUCUGCCUGCAGCGUCAUCUGACGGCACGUCGCGGCUGUGGGAGCUGGCGAGCGGCAACUGUGUGCGCGUGUACCAGGGCCACCAGAAGGCUGUUGUGUGCUGCGCUCUCAACGAUGGCACUGACCUCCCACCCGCAUGA